AUGCCCCUGGGUGGAUCCGUCACUCGGGGUGUUGGCUCGUCUCAUGGGGCUGGAUAUAGGAAGCCGCUCUUGCAAUUACUCAAAGACCAGGGAAUCAAUUCAUGCAUGGUAGGCUCGCGCAAGGAUGGCUCUAUCCCCAACAACGAGCACGAGGGCUGGCGUGGCUUUCGGAUCGACGAAAUCGAAAAGAAAGCCAAGAAGUCAGUGAAACGUUUAUCACCAGAUAUAUUCAUGGUCAAUGCCGGCUCCAAUGAUUGUAUCCAGGUCUUCAACACUGCAGAGGCUGGAAGGCGUAUGAGUCAGAUGCUCGAUUAUCUUUGGCUCGCAUGCCCUCAAUCCACGAUCCUGCUUUCUACUCUCAUUCCCAAUGCAGACCCACAGGUCGAUUCGGUGGUGAGGGAUUUAAAUGAUCAGUUUCAUGCAUUAACAGAGAAAAAUAAAGACGAAAAAAAGAAAAUCUUGCUGGUUGAUAUGCACUCAUCGGAAGGGCCCGAAGCACAUGAGCUUGUUGACGGUAUACACCCUGAUGACGGGGGAUAUGAGAAAAUGGCCGAAUUAUGGGUUCGUGGUAUAAAGGAGACUAUUGAAAAGGGGUUUAUCGAUUAUUAA